CACAAUGACAUCUGGUUAAAAGUGAGCUUUUUUUUUUCUACCUUUCUUCCUUUCUUCCUCUCACCGGUAUUGCGUAACGGGGUUGCAUCCCGUACCGACUCGGAGGAAGGGUUAGAGGGGCGAGAACAGGUGGGUGACCGAGAGGGGAGAGUGAGAGUGUGUGUGUGUGUGUGUGUAAAAGAGAGAAAGAGUGAGUGAGAGAGAUAAAGAGAAAGAGAGACAAUGGCUGCGAUCGCGAGCUCCCUGAUCCGCCAGAAGCGUCAGGCACGCGAGUCCAACAGCGACCGGGUUUCGGCGUCCAAGCGGCGCGCGAGCCCCAGCAAGGACCCGCGCUCCCUGUGCGAGCGCCAUUUCCUCGGCGUCUUCGGUAAAGUGCGCUGCUGCAGCGGCAAGAAAAGACCCGUGCGCCGGCGACCAGAUGCGCCCUCGAAACCUCCACAGGUGUCCCGUAAGGGCAUCAGGCUAGAGCCGCAGCUGAAAGGGAUUGUGACCCGGCUGUUCAGCCAGCAAGGCUUCUACUUGCAGAUGCAGCCGGAUGGAACCAUUGAUGGCAGCAAGGACGAGAACAGCGACUACACCCUCUUUAACCUCAUCCCGGUCGGACUAAGGGUGGUGGCCAUUCAGGGUGUCAAGGCUGGCUUCUACAUCGGCAUGAAUGGAGAAGGCUUUCUCUACAGCUCGGAGAUGUUUACUCCCGAGUGUAAAUUCAAAGAGUCUGUCUUUGAGAAUUACUACGUCAUCUACUCGUCCACCAUGUACCGGCAGCAGGAGUCGGGCCGGGCCUGGUUUCUGGGCCUUACAAAAGACGGCCAAAGCAUGAAGGGCAACCGUGUGAAGAAAACCAAGCCCUCAUCACACUUCCUCCCCAGGCCUAUUGAAGUCUGCAUGUACCGGGAGCCGUCGCUGCACGAGAUCGAAGAGAAGCACCGCUCCAGGAAAAGCUCAGGAACUCCGGCCAUGAACGGAGGCAAAGCGGUGAACCAGAACUCUACAUAGCAGGACCUGGACGAAUACAAAAAACAAAAAAAAAAACAUCACACACAAACACAAACACAAAAAUAUACAUGCACACACAUAUCGCCUGCUGAAAAGAACAAGCCUUCGGAAAAACACCAUGGAACUCACGCUCAACCGAUGCGACGAAUUCUUGGCUGUGAAAACCGCUCAAGGGAGGACGAGGGGGAGGGGGAGGAGCAAACGCAACGCCGCAAAGCCGCAAAUCAGGACUCGAACUCACAUUUUAUGCAACGACAACGAGGCAGGAAGUCGACCGAGUAUCGAAGUUAAUACUGUGCGAGAAAAGCGAGCUUUAAAUCGCUCUGGUUAAAUCUCGUCGAAUGCUGUUCCACUUCCUUGUGUAUUAUUGGUCUUAAAGACAACAAUAUCUUUUUCUCCUUCUCCAUUUAUACUCUUGGGUUUUCAUCCAGCACAUGUUUAAACAAAUCUCAUUAUUAAUUAUUAAUAUUAUUAUUAUUGCUUAUCAAUGAAUGCACUUUUAUGGAAACGAAUAGAAACGAAUCUACAAUGGUGACGGUUUCUGACUGUAUUAUAUUAUUGUACUUAAAACUAAACUUAUGAGGAUGUCUUUGGUAUUUUUUUUUUUGUCUUCCCGGAUGCAAAAGCAGGGUCGCAGCUAGCUUGCGAGACGGCAUCAGCUGCAAUCAUCAUGUUUGUUUGUCAGUUUGUUCGAUCAUGCAUUCCACGAAGAGUUACUGUCCAUCUUUUCUUCGACGAAACAUUGCAGAUUUUCAUGAGAUGCUGCUCUCGGAUGCUGGCUUCACCCCAGAACCAAGCGCUAUCUGUAAAUAUCCACAAUUCGGAUUUCGUUUCCAAAUCUUCCUAGAAUUCUCCUAAUCCCAGAUGAGUACUUCUGAGCUGGAGAAAAAAAUAUAUUAAAUAAAAAAGUAAUAAAUCUUCGCUGAGCCAGCAUACGCCUCAACCGAUGGCGAAAUACCUCUUCUCUUCGAAUAACGUUCUCCAACUCAGGAAGCCCUAGUCUAAAAAAAAAAAAAAAGGUCUAUUUUUUUCCUCCCAUCACCCCGAUCGUGCCCCGUCUGGGCCAAAGCACAAAGACUGGCCUAUAGGCUGUAGGUGUGGACGGGGGUGGGGUCAGGUGGGGUGGAAGAGGUUGUUUGGGUGUUGCGAAAAACAAGCUGAGUUCCAGCGUUUAAAAAAGUAUGCUAUUCACCAGUCUUCCACUUGGGGCAGCAGUGAGCGCUGAACCUGAGAGUCUGCCGCAAAGAGUUGACAAUUUUUUUUGUUUUGCAAAGGACUCAAAAACGCAUGAAUCAGGAAUGCUGUGUUUGUUCUUAAUCUAGAGUAGACAUAUGGAUGUGAUCGUGUGUGUG